GUUUCGACCCAAUGUUCGACCCAAAUGAUUUAUUACAUAACUUUGGUCGUCUGCAUUCGCGUGCUGUGGUAUGCUCGUUGCUCGAAAUCUAAAACCCGGUUGGAAGAUUCGUUGGUUUUUGCAACAAACAAGAUGCGCUAAUGGUCGCUUGCUUAAAACGAGAGGUACGAGUGUUCAUUUUUUCUUUGUUAGCAAAGAAAUUGGACAAACAUGGAAUACAUAGAUGAAGAGAAAUUAAUAGAAGCUUGAACGCAGAAAAAUCUAAACUGAAACGAGAAGAAGUGCAACGAAGGCUACAAGAAAAUACAUCUAGCUAAUAAACUGCCACAACAGCUCAACUACCAUGAAUGUACCUCUUGAAGAAUCUGUCACCCUGUCUGCCAAGUACCCAAGUGUUAUCGAUCGUUACUUCACUCGGAGAUAUAUUCAAAGAGAAGGAAAAAACGAUACCUGUCUGUUAUACCAUUCAAAUAAGAUAUGUUUAGUCACUGUAGCCAAAAGCCAUGCAAUUUUCGAGAAAGGAUCUCCCAUACGAAAAGUAAACUAUAAAGUUGGUGAAAAGCUAGAUCGAAGUGACAACAAAGUUCUCGGAAAAAAGAAGCAUGGCGGGCAAUAUGUAGAUGAACAUUCGAUUCUUUGUAUUGUUGAGUGUGAGGAUGAUUCUGUGUACAGUAUUAGAGCAGGUGUCAAGGGUAAACUGAUUGAGGUUAAUGAGAAUCUUAUAGAGAAUCCUCAGCUGCUUUUCAACAAAGCUGAGACUGAUGGUUAUGUAGCUGUUGUGUUGCAAAAGCUUGGGGUUGAAUGUAAUAUGUCAAAUUCUGUUAGCAGAGAGGAAUAUGACAAAAAUAUAGAACAGUAAAUGUA